UGGACCUCUUUUGGGCUGAGUCUUUAAAAAGGUCCUCAAACAUUAGAACUUGCCUUUUACGAUGGACUUCAUCAUGGUGGCUGGUCGGGUCCGCAUAAGAAUAAGGCUACUGUUAGCCUGCUUCUUCUUUCUUUCUGUUCAUGGAAAAGAUUCAGGACCAUAUUUCAUGGUGACAUUUCCUGCAGUAAUAGAGGCUGGCUCUGAUGCUAAAUUGUGUGUGAGUCUUCUGAAGCCUAAUGAGACUCUACAAAUGAACAUUUAUCUGGUUCACAACAACCAGAACAAAACUCUUUUACAUGAGGCAGUGGAAAAGGACUUUCAUCGCUGCUCUCAUUUUGAGGCUCCACAGGUAGAGAGUGAAUCAGUGCAGGAGAUUAAAGUAGAAAUCAAAGGUGAAAGUUUUGAGAUGACAGAGAAAAGGAAAGUGAUGUUUAAAUCCUACAACACAUUGGUAUUUAUUCAGACUGAUAAACCCAUCUACAAUCCAGGCCAAACAGUGAAUUUCAGAAUUGUCACUAUGGAUUCUAAUUUUAUUCCCCUGAAACAAAAGUACAACUCAGUAAUUCUUGAAGAUAAUCGUCGUAACAGGAUUGGUCAGUGGACAGAUCUGUCCCCCGCAGGUGUAAUACUGCAGCUUUCUCAUGAAAUAAAUGCUGAGGCCUCACAGGGACAAUAUAAAUUAACUGCUAAAAUUGAAAAUAGGUUGAUCUCACACGACUUUAAGGUGAAAAAGUAUGUUUUGCCCAGGUUUGAGGUUACAGUAAAAACACCACAAGAACACAAUGUUGGUGAGGAGCAACUGAAGCUGGAGAUUUGUGGAAAGUACACUUAUGGACAGCCUGUACCUGGUGCAGCACUGGUGCAAGUGUGUCGUAAAUUUCGGCCGAAUUAUAUUCACCAUCAGAACGCUCCAAAGGUUUCACCAUGCCUGGUGGAAACAGUGGAGAUGGGAAAGACUGGUUGUGCCUUACAUAUAUUGAAUGUGUCAACUUUCAUGAAUUCUGAAUUUGAAGAACAUUUGGAGGACAACCUUAAUGCUACUGUUAUACUGACAGAGGAAGGAACAGAAUUUUCCAUGGUAGAAUAUGUAAUCAUAUCAUUCAAAUACGAAAUUGGUAAAGUGGAACUUGUGGAUUUACCAAAAACCUUUGAACGAGAAAAAGCUAUAGAAGGAAAAGUUAAAGUUACUAGCUACAAUGGAACACCAAUUCCUAACAAGAAGGUGUAUCUUUUAGAAGGUAACUGGUGGUCUAGGAAGUUGCUACUCAAUCUCACUACAGAUAGUAAUGGAUUAGCAGAAUUUUCAGUUGCGUCACCUGAACAUCCUAAAACAGAUAUAACAUUGAGGGCCAGUGUCUAUCCAGAGGAAACCUAUAAAUACAGAACACCAUUUUUUUCAAGUGCUGAAGCACAUGUAUAUCUGCCCCAACCUGCUACAUAUGCCAGACCAAACGCCAAUAUACUGUCAAUAGACAGCCCAGAGGUGCCGUUUAAAUGUGGUGCUGAAAUUCCCAUAAACAUUAUAGCCGAUAUUGUUGAUGAAACUAUUAAAAGUUACAGUAUUGAUCUUAUAUACGUGGUCUUAUCUAAAGGAGCCAUAGUUCAUUAUGGGCAUGAAAACGUUGAAGUGGAAGAGUCAAUAGCUUAUGGAACAGCAAAAGCCUCAUUUAAACUAUCUGUUCAUGAAGAACUGGCUCCUGUAGUGCAGGUUGUGGCAUACGCUGUCCUGCCCAGUGAGAAUGUCAUCGCUGGCAGCAAAAAUUUUGAUGUUGAAAAAUGUUUCAGAAAUAAGGUUUCGCUACAGUUCUCACCAUCUAAAGCAGUUCCAGGUGAGGAGAACAAUCUCGAGCUCUCAGCUCAUCCUGGUUCAGUGUGUGGCCUCAGUGCUGUGGAUCAGAGUGUGUUCAUCUUGGAGUCUGGAAACCGUUUAAACACUGACAAGAUAUUUAAUUUGUUGCCAGUGAAAGCAUUAUCAGAAUAUCCAUAUCAGGUUGAAGAUGCUCAGGAAUGCUUGAAUGUUAGAUCUCGGCGAAAUGCAGGGACUGACAAUGCUUACAAUACAUUAAAGGGAGUGGGGCUGAAGAUUGCAACAAAUGUGGCUCUUAGACCACCUGAGUGUUUGAUAUACAAAGGUGUGCAGUAUUACAACAGAUUUGGAUAUGGACAUGAAGUGAUGUACAUGGCAAGAGGGGGACUUGGUUCUCCUAAUGUGCAAAUGGGACUAGCAACACCAGAUUCUGGUUUUGAACCCAUCGAGACAGUUCGCAAAUUCUUCCCAGAAACUUGGAUAUGGCAAUUGUCUGAAGUGGGAGACUCUGGAUCAGUACAGCUUCCUGUCACUGUUCCUGACACCAUCACCACUUGGGAGACAGAGGCAUUCUGCGUAUCCUCUAAGGGUCUGGGUCUGGCCCCUCCUGUUCAGCUCACUGUGUUUCAGCCCUUCUUCCUGGAGCUCUCGUUGCCCUACUCCAUUAUCCGGGGAGAGGUUUUUGAGCUGAAGGCCACUGUCUUCAAUUAUCUUUCCAAAUGCAUUAUGGUUAAAGUGACUCCAGCCCCUUCCUCAGAUUACACUCUGGAACCAUCUUCUGAGGGCGAGUAUUCAUCCUGCCUGUGUGCAAAUGGAAGAAAGACCUUCAAGUGGACUCUAAUCCCCUCUGUGCUUGGAGUCGUGAAUGUGACCAUGAGUGCAGAGGCAGAACAAUCCCAGACUGUGUGUGAUAAUGAGAUUGUGAGUGUUCCAGAGAGAGGCCGUAUUGACACAGUUACACGAAGCCUCAUUGUACAGGCUGAAGGAACUGAGAAAACAAAGAGCCAGAGUUGGUUAUUAUGCCCACAAGGCAACAGUGUUUCUGAGGAGCUGGAGCUGAUUCUUCCUGAGGAUGUAAUAAAGGGAUCAGCACGAGCUUCUGUUUCAGUGCUUGGAGACAUACUUGGCCGUGCAUUACAAAAUCUCGGUGGAAUGCUAAAGAUGCCAUAUGGCUGUGGCGAACAAAACAUCGCUCUCCUCGCCCCAAACGUCUACAUUCUUCAGUAUCUAGAGAACACUGAGCAGCUCACCUCAGAUAUCCGUGAGAGGGCUACUGGUUUUCUAAAGAGUGGAUACCAGAGGCAGCUAAACUAUAAACAUUUCAAUGGUGCAUAUAGCACAUUUGGCAGGGGAGAGGGGAACACAUGGUUAACUGCUUUUGUAUUGAGGACUUUUGGCAAAGCACAACGUUACAUCUUUAUUGAUCCAGAAAUCAUUAAAAGUACAAAGAAAUGGCUCACAAAUAUGCAGAGACCAGAUGGCUGUUUCAUACAAGUGGGUAGUCUGUUCCAUAACAGAAUGAAGGGUGGUGUAAAUGAUGAUGUGACUAUUACUGCUUACAUCACUGCAUCAUUGCUCGAAUUGGGUAAUACAGAUAAUGCCACCCAGGAUCCUGUUGUGAAAAACGGAUUGUUGUGCCUCAAGUCCUCUGUUGGUAACCUAACAAACACCUACGCCACUGCACUGUUGGCCUACACUUUCAGUCUGGCUGGAGAGAAGGAAAUUCGAGAGCAGCUACUGAAAGAGUUGGAUGAUGUUGCCAUUUCAGGAGAUGGUCAUCUUCACUGGACUCAGUCAGCAUUAGAUGAGUCCAGCUCAUUGUCAGUGGAAAUCAGCUCCUACGUGCUGCUCGCUGUUCUCACUUCAGAUCAACUCACUGCUGCUGAUUUGGGCUAUGCUAAUAGGAUAGUUAGCUGGCUGGUGAAGCAGCAAAAUCCCUAUGGAGGCUUUUCCUCCACCCAGGACACAGUGGUGGCUCUCCAAGCUCUGGCUCUGUAUUCCACUAAAGUGUUCAGCUCAGAAGGCUCUAGCACAGUAACUGUAAAGUCAGCAGAUGGAGACAGUCACAACUUUGAUGUGAACCAGAACAACAAGUUACUGUACCAAGAAAGAUCAUUGCAGGAUGUUCCUGGCAAAUUCAGCAUUGAAGUGAAGGGCUCCACCUGUGUGUCAGUACAGACAGCACUUUUCUACAAUGUCCCCACACCUACCGAAAUCAGUACACUGACCAUCACAGCUAAGACUGAGGGAAACUGUACAAAAUCAUUUGGUCACAUUUUGUCCCUCAAGUUCACUGUUGGAUAUAAUGGGGAACUAAACAGCACUAACAUGAUCAUAGUGGAUAUAAAACUCUUAUCAGGGUUCACAGCAGAUCCUGGUGAACUGAAAAGAGGCAUUUUGGUGGAACGGGUGGAUUCUAAAGAUGACCAUAUUAUCAUGUAUAUCAAAAAGCUCCAGAAGAAUAUUCCUAUCAACUAUGAGCUACACAUUAAGCAGGUGCUUCCUGUCAAGAAUCUAAAGCCAGCGGUGAUAAAAGUUUAUGACUACUACCAAACAAGUGACCAGUCUGAGACGGAGUACACCUCUCCCUGUGUGUAGGGUUUCACACUGGGAUGGAAGAUGCAGAAAUUCCUUUGUAUAUCUGCUGUAUGAUGGUUUUAGUUUCUGAUUUUUGGUUGUUGAAAUAAAAAUAAUGGUUAUAUUA